UGUCGUGACAGAGGCAGCAUUUAUUAGACACAAACAUUGAUAUUUGCAUGCAUCGAAAAAGGCGAAACAAACAAAAACUGAUAAAAAAAAAGAAAAGGAAAAUCGGAGUGUGUAGAAGAUAACAAGAAGAAAAGAUGCCUCGGAGUCGAUUUGCAGGAUCAUUGAUUUCUCCAAAGGUUGCUGCCACCAAAACUGUUGCUGAAGAAACUUACGGAAUAGUCACUAGAGGCAGUGUUUCGAGUCACAACUUUGAGAAAUCGUUGAAGAAAAUGUGUAAAGAAGGUGCUUAUUGGGGGACUGUUGCUGGGGUAUAUGCUGGAAUGGAGUAUGGAGCGGAGAGAAUUCGUGGAACCAAUGAUUGGAAGAAUGCUAUGAUUGGGGGUGCGUUGACAGGAGCUCUCAUAUCUGCUGCAAGCAACAACAACAGAGACAAGAUUGUAAUGGAUGCCAUUACAGGAGGUGCUGUUGCUACUGCUUCAGAGUUCCUUAAUUAUCUCACAUGAAUUUACUUACCAAACUGCUAAAAACAUUGCUUUUAGUAUUUGCUCUAUUUCUCUCUAAUUGACUACGUUUAACUCGAUCUACAAUUUAGCUUAUCUUUCCCAAUAAUUGUCAUGCCUUGUUUAGUA